AUGAACAAGAAUCACAUUCUUUUAACAGAGCUCGACUGUCUGACAUGACAAUUCACCAUAUGUAGCCUAAUGGUUCACAUGCCUAUUUGAAAUCCAUGAAGUCGGCCAACACAGUAAGGAAACAGGUUUAGCCUACUUCUGGACUAGUCUGCAUGAUCUCCAAACGGAAUACUAAGCAACUGUUUGAACUUGUUACAUCUUGAGAACAGCAACAGUCGAUCAUUGCAGCAGUCCACGAAUUGGUUGAAUUCGCUUACGCCUCGUGUUGUGACACGCGCCACCACCGUGAUCAUUUCUUCGCGGUGACUUCACAUAAACUACCACGACGGAAAGGCCAGCCAUGGUGAACAGCCGGGUGGAGGCAUCAGCCGUGGCGGUGACAGGCGGCAGCUCGUCAGGCAGGUCCUGCGCAGGCUGCGGCGGGCGCAUCACUGACCGCUUCCUACUCUUCUCCAUGGAGCGCUACUGGCACACGCGCUGCCUCAAGUGCUCCUGCUGCCACGCCCAGCUGGGUGAGAUCGGCACCACCUGCUACAGCAAAGGGGGCAUGAUUCUCUGCAAGAACGACUACAUCAGGCUGUUUGGGCACAGCGGGGCAUGCAGCGCCUGUGGUCAGUCCAUCCCUGCCAGUGAGAUGGUGAUGCGGGCACAGGGCAACGUGUACCACCUCAAGUGUUUCACCUGUGCCACCUGUAGGAACCGGCUGGUGCCGGGCGACCGCUUCCACUACGUUAAUGGCACCAUCUUCUGUGAGCACGACAGGCCAGGGGGCGCUCUACUCCGCAGUCACCUGACCCCACUGCAGGGGAACGGCAUGAUGCCUGACCAGAAGGUGUGCUGAAGGAUGGAUGACAAAGCAACGCGUGCCUUUUCCCCCACCUCCUGCUCUUCCUCCUCCAUCUUUUAAGUUUGUCCUACACCAGCCAUCCCUUCGUUCAGAUAUUCCAAAAUCCAUUCUCCGGAUACUGCUGCUAGUGUCCAGUGGCUUUCUCAACAACACGUCAUUCCCAACAAAAUCAUAUUUCUUCUGUUCAUAGAGAAUCAUGUUCUCAACCUUCAAGGGGAAGAUGCUGAGGAGGGAAAGACUAUUGAUGAGGAUGAUUUAUACUGCCAAGCCAGUGUCCAUUUCUGGUAAGGCCAAUGGUGACUGACUUGUAAUGCCCUGAGAGGAGGACUAUGGCAUUUCCAGUGAUGGACCAUUCACUUUCCUUUGCCAGCACAAAACACUACGGGGAGAGAGAAGACCUGGACGGAAACACGUAUAAACUGGUUCUGGUCAGGGGCUGCUUCAACCAAGCUACAGUAUACUGACUCUUGAAACAGGAAGAGCACAUUCAAAGAAGACAGGCCACACGAAUACACAUAUGCAACACUUUCUGAGCUCAGAUUCACUAGACUCUUUCAUCUGUUGCGAGAAACAAGAAAUACUGUGGUUGCAGUGCUAUGCUGCCGUAGCUGUGGUUCACCCGACUGGUGAGUCUGGCCGAACAAGUAAAGAUCAAAUACACCUGCCUGGAUGUCUCAUUUACACUAAAAAAAUAUUCUCUGUGUACAAAAUUUAAGAAAGUCUGUAGAAUAUUCAUCAAAACACAACUUUUAGUCCCAUGAUUCUUUUGUACUACAAGUAGUUGCCUUUUUGUAGAUUUUCUUUGAUAUUUAGUUAUGUUUUCAGUUGAAAAUGGUUUCUGGAGUUAGGAAAUUUACUCAUGUUUAUGGGAACAUAGAAAUUAUGCAUUUUGUAAUUGUUUUAAAAUAUUUUUUUAUUCCGGUGACAAUUGUAAAUCCAACAUGACUUCGCAGCAGUGUUCCAUACGUCCUAAAUGUAUUCUCAUGUAUGGUGGUGGAAGAGAAGGUCCAAGUUGAACUGGUCCACAUUGAACUUGGGUAAUGUUGAGUAUGGCUCACUGUAGCAGUUUUCAAAAAGAAAAAUAAGUGUUUCUUAUUGGAGAAGUCCAGGUAGUCCCUACCUGGUUCAGGCUGUUUUCUUCAGUUUGGUACCUAAUGAACACGAUCCAGGUUGAGGAAAUAGGGGAGUGGCAUGGGGAUGGAAAGAAGUAUAAACUGUAGAUAUUUUUUCUAGUGUUGUAUUGUGCUCUAUGGUUGAAUUUUGUCAUUGUGUGGCCUUUGUUUCAAGCAAAGGCCCAUUUUCAAAUGCUGUAAAACAUUUCAAAAUAACUA